GAGCGGAUGGGUUAAGUCACACCACAUAUCCACGAAUCUACGUAGCCAACUAGCCAUUCGAGCUCCCCAUGCUGUUCGGUGAACCGGGAGCUUACAUCACAUCACAUCACAUCACAGAAGGAUAUCGCACUCUUGCCACCGGAGUUGGUAAAUGAAACACGCAGACUGAUCCAGUUCGCUUGAAGCUCAGCUGAUUCUUCUCUUCUUCGUCAUCAUCCUCAUCAGUGUGUGCGUGUAAAGAUGCCGCCAGCGACAGGAGGGCCGGUAGGCUACACUCCUCCUGAGGGCGGCUGGGGCUGGGCAGUGGUAGUAGGGGCCUUUAUCAGCAUUGGCUUCUCCUAUGCCUUCCCCAAAUCCAUUACGGUGUUUUUCAAAGAGAUCGAGGUGAUUUUCGAUGCCACCAGCAGCCAAGUGUCAUGGAUCUCAUCAAUCAUGCUGGCUGUCAUGUAUGCGGGAGGACCAAUCAGCAGUAUUCUGGUGAAUAAAUAUGGCAGUCGACCCAUCAUGAUUGCUGGAGGGAUUCUGUCAGGCUCAGGAUUAGUCGCCGCAUCCUUCUGUAACACAGUCGAGGGUCUUUACUUCUGUGUGGGAGUUAUAGGCGGACUGGGUUUGGCUUUUAAUCUGAAUCCAGCGUUGACCAUGAUUGGCAAAUACUUUUACAUGCGGCGGCCAAUAGCUAAUGGCAUCGCGAUGGCGGGCAGCCCGGUCUUCUUGUCCACCCUGGCCCCGUUGAACAGCUGGCUGUUCGAUUAUUACGGGUGGAGGGGCAGUUUCCUCAUCCUGGGAGGAGCUUUGCUAAACUGCUGUGUUGCCGGGUCACUAAUGCGACCCAUCGGACCAAAACCGCAACCUGCCAUCCCAAAAGAGGAUGGCAUAGCCAAACGUCAAGAGAAAAAAACAUGCCUUCAGACCGUCAACAGCUUUCUGGAUCUGACCCUGUUUACCCACCGAGGCUUCUUGCUGUACCUGCUAGGAAACGUCAUCAUGUUUUUCGGCCUCUUCGCACCCCUUGUGUUCCUCAGUAACUACGCGAAGAGUAAAGACAUUCCCAAGGAUAAGGCUGCGUUCUUGUUGUCCAUCUUGGCCUUCACUGACAUGGUUGCUCGGCCGUCCAUGGGCCUGCUGGCCAACACACGCUGGGUCCGUCCACGCAUCCAGUACUUCUUCGCAUUAUCUGUGCUGUAUAAUGGCGUCUGCCACUUGAUGGCGCCGUUCUCCACCGAUUACAUGGGUUUUGCCAUUUAUGCAGUGUUUUUCGGGGUGGCUUUCGGCUGGCUCAGUUCUGUGCUGUUUGAGACUCUCAUGGACCUGGUGGGCACUCAGAGAUUCUCCAGUGCUGUCGGGUUGGUCACCAUCGUGGAGUGUGGACCUGUGCUGCUGGGGCCGCCAGUACUGGGAAGACUCAAUGAUAUGUACCAUGAUUAUAAAUACACAUAUCAGGGUUGUGGAGCCGUCCUGGUGGUCGCCAGCGCAUUCCUGUUCGUGGGAAUGGGCAUCAACUACCGGCUGUUGGAAAAAGAGAAGAGGGAGGAGGAGAGAAGAGCUAGGCAGGAAGAGAAAGAUGAAGAAACAAAUAUAGACAAUGCCCUGAACGAGAAGUCAAAGGAGGCGAGUGGAGACGAAUGUUAUGCAUGAGCGGACGUCGCCAAACGGAGAAGGACACUAUAAACUGCGCACACAUGCCAUCAAUCUUCAUGUUAUAUGACCGUCCAAAAUGAUAAAACCAGAAAAGAAAUAUUCCCUCUAAAGCGUUACUUAAUGAUUCAGCCAAUGUUUCGAAAAGCACAAGAAAAAUCCACACACACACCUCAAAAGUUACUUUCACUCUCCCAACAUUCAAAUGGGAGUCUCUCUGUACGUUAUUGACCUAAUUCACCCUUUUCUGGUGUAUUACAUCCAUUACGAGAGCAUUCCUUUUUUGAGACUCCAGAAUUACAGUUCAUCUGCCUUUAAAUGAAACUUCAAAAUAGAGCAGGUUUUCAUAAGAGAAUUGCUUUGUCAUUUUAAGGUGAGGUGCGCACAGAAUUGGUCAGAUCAAGACAUGGGAGAAGGAUAUCUAUCCUAGGAAUAGUUUUUUGGACUAAAGGUCAUUAUUACAUGUAGGAUACAAGUUGAGUGUGAAGUUUCUCAUGUAUCUGUAUUGUAGUCUUCCCUGUUCUUAUUGGCUGGUUGAAAAUAGUGCCAGGCUAUGCUAAACUGCCAAAUGCUCAGUUUUCUCUGAAUCUGAACAUAAUUUAGGAAAAUCCAUCUCUCAUGGGACAGAUCAUAGACUUCGAAUUUAUGAAGUUACAGUGUUUUUCCUAGUGUGGCAGAAGAAUUCGUGGUUAGUUUCCAAGUGCAGUUUAAUAUGCGUUUUUGACAGGUUGCUUCCUGCUCUUGUGAUCUCACAUUGCUCAUCAUCACUUUAUUCAUUCACUGUACUGUUACCAUGGACAUUUCUGUGUUUGCUGUUUUUAAGAACUGCAGCAAACACUAAAUGGCAACAGUCUCGUUUUUGUCCGAAAGUCAAUUCUCACUUCGCAUGAGCAGUCUGUUGGAGAUGUUUGCUUUCGAUUCUGUUUUAGUGAAGAUGAUAAUUGUUUCACAAGGAUAGAUUCAAAUAGGGAAUCCUUUUUUAAAGUGUGUUGAUUUGCCAUUUUGACCAUGUUCUUUUUAGAUGUCUAGAAACUUUUAAUUAUGGUUGCCAGCAGAUCCUGUGCCUUUGAUUGAGUGCCUUUCUAUCCACAUUCAGGUACAUGCAAUACUAAUUCCUGAAACCUCUUUUUACGGAGCUGUUUGUGAUCUUCAAGAGGGUGUGUUGAUUUUAAUUUCAUAGUCUGAAAUGAAUUUUUUCUUUGUGCCAUAUUGAGGGAGAUUAGAGUCCUUAAUUUCAACCUGAGCCAGCGACAAACACGGUACUGAAUUUCUGUUGGCUAAAGAGACUUCAUUUCAAGUUCUGCUAGUGCAAAACAAAAGUGCUCGUGCGCAAAUGUUUCCGAAGCCAUUUUAUUCUUUCUGUUUUUUAGAGUACAUUUUUCUGAUGAUGUGGAGAACAAAAAGACUCUUGGGUCUGCAAAAAGAACAAGCUGCACAACCUCAAACAUCAGUGGCAGUUUUGGCACACUAGAGUGCUGCAUUGAGUCACUUUCAGGUAAAAACAUGCACUGAAAAAGCAAGGAAACACCACCACCUGCUGGCCACUGUGACACUGUGGCCUAACAGCAGGUCAAUCAAAUAUGCUGGUUCACUGCAGUUUCUGUUUGGUAUUUUUGAGAAACAUUUGUGUCCAAACUCAAGCGAGUAACUAUUUUUAAGCAACGUUGUUUAGUCACAGCAGAUGGGUUUUUUUUUUAUAGUGCGCACUUUAAUUUGAUGCAUUUGAGGUAAAAUUCAUAUUGUUGAAUUAUUACUGUAUUCAGUGUGAGGCAAUUUUUUCCCUGAGUAGAAAUGAAUCGGACUGGUUUCUGGGGGAUGUGUGCUCCACAUCUCUGGUAAAUCUCAGAGCUCAGCUGAAUAAUAGCAGCUGCUAGACAAAGCAGAAAGAGGUUCAAUGCAGUGUUAAUGACUCCACUUUCAGUAUCUCCCAUAAAUUCAUUGCUGCUCCGACUGACUUCGGAUUACAGGAAGAGCUGUUAAAACUCCACUUGACUGUGUGUGCAGGUGGAUUUCUUAUUAGUUUUGGUAAUUGUGUGAAGGACAAUACUGCUGUACAGAAAAUGGACCACCCUGAGAAUUUUCCAUAAUCUUAUUCCCACUUUUUUUUGUUGGCCAAUUGAAAAGAAGAAACACUAACCAGAUUGAUUUUUUUUUUUUUUUUUUUUUUUUUUUAACGUCUCCUGUCAGAAAGACAAUUGACAGAGGUCAAGAGAAACUGAGGUAGGAAGUAUUUGAUUUUGACUGUAUUUUGUGUGUGUUUUUGCACAGAGAUUCCAUGCAAACUCACGGUUUUAUGAUUAAUUUAGGAGAGUGGGUAGAGUCUGCCCUUGGAGGGUUU